AUGCUGACUAAGAUAAAAAAUGUACUUCCCGGAGACGAUGUGCCUUCCAAUGGCUCAAAAUCUCUUGGAAUCCAUGGAACCAAGGCGACAAUUGUAGGAACACUGUGCAAAACAUCCAAUCAUCUGUUUGUGGUAUCGAAAACCAAUCGAUACCAUCCAUGCAUCGACGACAUUGUGAUAGGGAAGGCUAUACUCACAUCCCAGGACAUGCAUAGGAUAGAUCUUGGAGGCGUGGUUGGUGCACUUCCUUCUCUCAGCUUUACAAAUGCCACAAAAAGAAACAAACCGGAGAUAAACAAGGGAGACUAUCUUUUAUGUAAGAUUGCGAGAACAGGUACGGAGCCACUACUCACAUGUGUGGGUGAGGGCUUUGGAAAGCUAAGCGGGGUUGUGCUUCCAUUAGAGCCUUGGAAGGUACGUCUUCUCUAUCUGAGUACCACAUUGGCCACAAUAGGAAAGAAAUACAGAUUUAGAAUUGCAUUGGGGCUAAAUGGGUUUGUAUGGAUAGAUGCAGAGAAGGACACCGAUAUAAGAGAUAUAUACCAUCUUCUCUCCGAAGACAGUAAGCUUGAGUUUCCGAAUCCCUAG